CAACAAACUCUCAGCUGCGACGACACCAACGGGGAAUUCGAACAAAACAGCCGGCAAAUCUGGAGCUCCCACAACGAUGGUCCGUGACUACGAGGAUGACCGGUCGAGUAAGCGCCGAAAACUCGACUUCAACCCGCUGCGCUCUGACGAUCGAUUCAGCGAUUUGCCGUCGCGUGUACAGAGCCGAAGCAAUGGCGCCUUCAAUUCUAGAAGCUCGACACCCCGCGCCGGAUCGCGGCUUGCGGGUGCCGCUACCCCGCGGCAGCGAGAGUUUGACGGUCCAGAAGCCGGAGUGGAUGACCAGGAUGCCGUCAACGCCCUAGAUCGCGAUUGGUACGGAGGCGACGAUGAUCUCGGCGGGCAUACCUUCGGCGAUGAGACGCACAAUCCGUUCGGCGACGAAAACGGGUGGGCAGCGCAGGAGAGGGAGGCGGCGAUGGUGGAGAAGAAGAUUGGGCAGCUCUCCCGAGGGAUGAGCGCGCGACAAAUACAGAAGCAGAAGGAUGUUGAUGCGUGGGAGACAAACCGGAUGCUCACUUCGGGCGUUGCGCAGAGGAGGGACAUGGGCCAGGACUUUGAGGAUGACCAAGAGGGAACGCGCGUCCACCUUCUGGUCCACGAUUUGCGCCCCCCUUUUCUGGACGGUCGGACGAUCUUUACCAGGCAGCUGGAGCCAGUCCCUGCGGUAAGGGAUGCCCAGAGCGACAUGGCAGUGUUUGCGAGGAAGGGCAGUAAGGUCGUCAGGGACCGGAGACAGCAGCGAGAGCGCGCGAAACAGGCCCAGGCAGCCACAAACGUCGCGGGCACGGCGCUGGGCAACAUCAUGGGCAUCAAGGAUGAUGAUGCUGAUAGCGCGCUGCCCAUCGCCGUCGAAGGUGAUCCCAAGGCGCAAAGCACAAACAAGUUCAGUGACCACCUUAAGAAGUCCGAGGGCGCAAGCAGCUUCAGCCAGAGCAAGACACUAAGGGAGCAACGCGAGUAUCUGCCGGCGUUCGCGGUACGAGAGGAGCUGUUGCGCGUCAUUCGGGACAACCAGGUGGUGAUUGUAAUCGGAGAGACGGGCUCUGGUAAGACGACGCAGCUCACCCAGUUUCUCUACGAGGACGGCUAUGGCAAGACUGGCAUGAUCGGCUGCACGCAGCCCCGCCGGGUUGCGGCAAUGAGCGUCGCGAAACGUGUUGCCGAGGAAAUGGAGGUUAAGCUCGGCAGUACCGUUGGUUACGCCAUCCGCUUCGAGGACUGCACCAGCAAAGACACUGUCAUCAAAUACAUGACAGACGGUGUCCUGCUUCGGGAGUCGCUCAACGAGCCUGACCUCGACAGGUACUCGUGCGUCAUCAUGGACGAGGCGCACGAGAGGGCCCUCAACACGGAUGUGCUGAUGGGGCUCUUCAAGAAAAUCCUCCAAAGACGGCGCGAUCUUAAGCUCAUCGUUACCUCGGCGACAAUGAACUCGAAGCGCUUCUCCGACUUCUACGGCGGCGCUCCCGAGUUCACCAUCCCCGGCCGGACGUUCCCUGUCGAUGUCAUGUUCCACAGGUCGCCUGUCGAAGAUUACGUUGACCAAGCUGUGCAGCAGGUCCUGGCCAUCCAUGUUGGGAAGCCGGCUGGCGACAUCCUCGUCUUCAUGACUGGCCAAGAGGACAUUGAGGUGACAUGCGAAUUGAUCCGCGAGCGGCUGGACGCGCUCAACGACCCUCCGAAACUCAGCAUUCUCCCCAUUUACAGUCAGAUGCCUGCAGACCUACAGGCCAAAAUCUUCGAUCGCGCUCCUCCAGGCGUGCGGAAGUGCAUCGUGGCUACAAACAUUGCGGAGACGAGUUUGACGGUUGAUGGUAUCAUGUAUGUGGUGGACGCUGGGUAUUCCAAGCUCAAGGUGUAUAACCCGCGGAUGGGCAUGGAUACGCUUCAAAUUACACCCAUAUCACAAGCAAACGCGGCCCAACGUGCCGGUCGCGCGGGACGGACAGGGCCUGGACAAGCAUACCGUCUGUUCACAGAGAAGGCGUUCCGGGAUGAGAUGUACAUCCAGACCAUUCCUGAAAUCCAACGAACGAACCUGAGCAACACAGUUCUGCUCCUCAAGUCGCUGGGGGUUAAGGAUCUGCUCGACUUCGACUUCAUGGAUCCGCCGCCGCAAGACACCAUCACGACCUCACUGUUCGAUCUCUGGGCCUUGGGCGCGCUGGACAACCUUGGCGAGCUGACAGCGCUCGGGCGGAAGAUGAACGCGUUCCCGAUGGACCCGUCUCUUGCCAAACUGUUGAUCACGUCGGAAGAGUACGGCUGCAGCGAGGAGAUGGUGACGAUCGUCUCCAUGCUGUCGGUUCCCAAUGUCUUCUACCGGCCGAAGGAACGGCAGGAGGAAUCGGACGCGGCGCGCGAGAAGUUCUUUGUACCCGAGUCGGACCACCUCACGUAUCUGCACGUAUACACGCAGUGGAAGGCCAACGGAUACAGCGACGGGUGGUGCAUACGGCACUUCCUGCAUUCCAAGUCGCUGCGGCGCGCCAAGGAAGUUCGGGACCAGCUCCUGGAUAUCAUGAAGAUGCAGAACAUGGAGAUGGUGAGCUGCGGCACGGACUGGGACAUUAUCCGCAAGUGCAUCUGCUCGGGCUACUAUCACCAGGCGGCAAAGGUCAAGGGCAUUGGCGAGUACAUCAAUCUGCGCACCAGCGUCACCGUCCAGCUGCACCCCACCAGCGCGCUGUACGGACUGGGCUUCUUGCCCGACUACGUCGUGUACCACGAGCUGAUCUUGACGUCCAAGGAGUACAUGUCGACCGUGACCUCGGUCGACCCGCACUGGCUGGCUGAUCUGGGAGGCGUCUUCUACUCGAUCAAGGAGAAGGGGUACUCGGCGCGGGAGAAGCGCAUCACCGAGACCGAGUUCAACAGGAAGAUGGAGAUUGAGGCGCAGAUGGCGGCCGACAAGAAGCGGCUGGAGGACCAGCGGCAGGCAGAGAAGGAGGUAAAACUGGUGAAGAAACCGGGCCUGCCCAAGGAUAAGAAAACGGUCACGUCGGGAGCCGUGGUGAAGCCGGUCCGGAAGCGCGCCGGAAGGGGAUUCUAGAGCCGAUACCCAGUACGCCUUCAGUCAUUGCAUAUCUGUCAAUUGGAAACCAUCAGAUGAUGCGUCAUCCCGCGAUUGAUGCGGACACAACUUCGUUCCACCGUCUGGUGCAAAUGGGAACGGGCGGAAGGUGGCUCGAGGGUGAGUAGCGUCCGCCAAUGCCAAGACGGCGCCGAUCCUGG